AUGCAAUUUCUUAGGCCCAUCGUUCAUUAUCUUUUUGCGGUGCCCAACCUACGUGUCCAAAAAAUGGGUUUUAGCCGGUGUACAGUUUUAUUUUUAUUAAUUAUUGCUUCAUUUUGCCUAAUUCAGGCAAAAAUUGUUAAUAAAAAUGUCGAACGUUCGUUAGAUAUAUCUAGCCAAUUGGUAAAGGAGAAUAUCAAAAUAACUGCAACUAACAGCGAUGGCAAGCCGAUUAGCGUGUAUAAUUUUGUGGUGCCAGCCGCCGAUCACAAAAAUUUGGCUUUUAUUUCAGCAAAAGAUGAAAAUAAGAAAGAUUUGAAAUUUACGAAGAAAUUCGUUGAUGGAGACUUUCUAUUUACAAUUGCAUUCCCAACAUCUUUAGCAACAGAGGUUUUCACUGUAGAAACGGUGUACACCAAGAAGCUAAUACCCCAUCCCAGCCAAAUACCGCAAUCGGGUAAACAGCUUGUAAGAUAUGAGGGUAAUCUAUACUUCUACUCACCGUAUGAGACGAACAGCCAGAAAAUAAACGUGUUACUAAGUUCGGCAAACAUACUUUCAUACACACAAAUAAAGCCAUUUAAUGUUGCUUCUAAUAAAAUCAAGUAUGGGCCGUAUGAAAAUAUUGCAGCAACUGCAAAUCAAUCGCUUGUUAUACACUAUGAAAAUGAACGCCCCUUCUUGACCACAACGCGCCUUGAAAGAAUAAUAGAAGUAUCACACUGGGGAAAUAUUGCAGUAAAGGAAAACAUUUUCAUGGAACAUACAGGUGCUUUGCUAAAGGGUUCAUUUUCACGUUAUGAAUUCCAAAAAGAUGCACGGUCUGGACAUGCUAUUAAAUCUUAUAAAACUUUCCUGCCUGCAUCGGCUUCUGAUGUCUAUUACCGUGAUACCAAUGGGAAUAUUUCGACCUCAAACAUGAGGAUUUUGCGUGACUCAGUCGAAUUGGAAUUGCGUCCAAGAUUUCCGCUUUUCGGUGGUUGGAAAACACAAUACACACUUGGCUACAAUAUCCCGUCCUUUGAGUAUCUCUUCAACGCCGAUGAUAAAUACCUACUGAAAAUGCGACUAAUUGAUCAUAUCUACAAUGAUAUGGUAAUUGAUGAAGCUGAAAUAAAAAUCAUUUUACCAGAAGGUGUUUCCAAUAUCGAGUUAACAACGCCAUAUCCAGUGAAGAGAGGACCAAAUGAACUUCAUUAUACUUACCUGGACACAGUGGGCAGGCCAGUCAUAACGAUGUACACCAAAAAUCUUGUAGAAAAUAAUAUUGCAAAUUUCCAUUUAAAAUAUACAUUCUCGAAAGUUUCCUUAUUGCAAGAACCGCUCUUGGUUGUUGCUUUCUUCUUUAUUAUUUUCAUCAUUGCAAUUAUUUCUAUGCGUCUUGAUUUCUCGAUUAAUACCUCACACAGUCACAAAGACUAGAAUCGUUUUUAGUUAAUUCUUAAUAUUAACAAAAAUACAAAUGGAAAUUAAAUUAAAAACGUACACUAACUGUAUUAAUUAAUAAAUAAAUCUUUAUUUAGAUUUCAGUAAAAAAAAAUGUUUUGUAAAAAUGUAAUGGAAUGAGUAGAACAAUUUUUAGGUAGAAUGAGCAACAAAAUAUUUAUAUACAUAUGUACAGUACUGUGCUACACAAAAGCUCAAACAGUGCAAUAUACAACGGUUUUUAAAUAUAUUAAAUUAAAUAAUUAAAGAGGUUAAAUUUAGCGGUCCCACGUUGACGCUUCUACAUUUUUAAAGCGAGUUGGGUUUAUGUCCGACCGAUAACUAUCACUUUAGCAGCAUUCUCGAAUGCUUUAUGGGUUUAUUUGUAAAGCAAAAAGUUGAUUUAGAAAAAAUAAAUUGUUUGGAAAUAUGUUCGGCACUGCUACAUUUCGAAAAAUCGAAGUAAUUUUUGUUGGUUCAGCAUUCAAUACAUAUUUAUAAGUAAGAUGAGUUUUAAAUAGCGAAAAAGUGGACUUAGAAUUUUAAUACACUCAGAGGUUUGCCAUUGUCUGCCGAGGAGCGACCGCUCUUAGAAAAAACCUUUUCUACAAUUUUCGUGUUUCGUUUGUAACAGAAUGGUGGCCACAUACGGCGAACGGCAUACUUUUUCGUUCCCACGACAGUCGGUUCUAUGUUGCCGGAACGACCCGGAUUUAUAUCCUGUCAAGGACUGCCACUCCAGCAGCAUUCCCGGUACAUGCAUGGGGAAUUUUUAUGCUACUACAACAACAAGAUAUAGAUAUAUGAAUGAGGUUUGCAUUUCGACCUCAUGGGCUUUUAUUCCCUCUACUCAUCGCAGUACCUCAUCCAAGCCCAGUUCUCUUAUUAAACUCAGAAUAGAGCAACAACAACAACCGGCAUAUUUUCAUAUCGCUGAGAAUGAUCUCCAACGCCCCUUAUUGUAUCAUAUAUGCACAAAUUCAUCGUACCCACACUAUUUGAAGAAGUAAGAAAAUGUGUUGUGGCAUACACAACUCUAAUCGCGCUCAAACCCUCUCGUCACAGAAAUAAUUGCAAUUCCCAUAACCUUCACCAGACUUAAGAGAAAAUCUACAAAAUACCUCAUAUGAUAAUAAAUUAGUUAAAAUUAUUAUGUGUCUUAAAAUACGUAAA